CCGGGGGACCGGACGCGACGGGGCGGGCGCCGGGCAGCCAGCUCGGUUCCUCCCGCUGCCCGCGCCAGAGGACAUCCCCCCGCCCACGCGAGACCUGAACCACGGCCGCGAGCACCCACUCUGUCCCAGUGUGACAGUGUCUGGUGGCACCCACUAAGCAUCCAGGAUGAGUGCCUGUGGGAGGAAGGCCCUGACUCUGCUGAGCAGCGUCUUUGCAGUCUGCGGCCUUGGCCUUCUGGGCAUUGCAGUCAGCACUGACUACUGGCUAUACCUGGAGGAAGGUGUGAUCCUUCCUCAGAACCAGAGCACCGAGGUCAAGAUGUCCCUGCACUCGGGCCUCUGGCGGGUCUGCUUCCUUGCAGGUGAAGAGAGAGGACGCUGCUUCACCAUAGAAUAUGUGAUGCCCAUGAACUCCCAGAUGACAUCAGAGUCCACAGUCAACGUUCUAAAAAUGAUUCGCUCAGCCACCCCGUUUCCGCUGGUCAGCCUCUUCUUCAUGUUCAUUGGGUUCAUCCUGAGCAACAUCGGGCACAUCCGUCCCCACCGGACGAUACUGGCCUUUGUCUCUGGCAUCUUCUUUAUCCUUUCGGGCCUUUCUCUUGUGGUGGGCCUAGUGCUGUACAUCUCCAGUAUCAAUGAUGAGAUGCUCAACAGGACAAAGGAUGCAGAGACCUAUUUCAACUACAAAUAUGGAUGGUCGUUUGCCUUUGCUGCCAUCUCCUUCCUUUUAACAGAGAGUGCUGGGGUAAUGUCUGUGUACCUGUUCAUGAAGAGGUACACAGCCGAGGACAUGUACAGACCUCACCCAGGCUUCUACCGUCCCCGUCUGAGCAACUGCUCUGAUUACUCUGGCCAGUUUCUACAUCCAGAUGCCUGGAUCCGGGGCCGCAGCCCCUCAGACAUCUCCAGUGAUGCUUCACUGCAGAUGAACAGCAACUACCCAGCUUUGCUCAAGUGCCCGGACUAUGACCAGAUGUCUUCAUCUCCCUGCUGAGCCCCAGCCACCUCCCUGCCUGGACUGUGGAUGGCUAGACAGCCUUUCCCUUCCCCCUUGAGCCCAAGACGAGGCCAUUCCUGCUUAGCCAUUGUUACUUGACCAAGUCCUCUCCCUGCUCCCAUUCUAGCUCAUCCUUGAGUGGGUAUCAGAGCCUGGAGUCACAGGCAUGCUGAUUGGCUGAGAGCAAGGGUGAAGUCCCACCUCUUGAGUGCCAAUCACAGCCAUGGGCUCCAGGUACGGUAGCAGUACACCAUGCCAGAAGAGGCCCACACUGUAGUUGUAUUUUGUUCCUGCACUCACAGCUUCCUGGUCCCAGUUAAGGCCAGAUCAGAGUUGCCAAGAUCCUGAUAGACACAGACAGACUUAAGCGCUUGCCAACUGACCUGGCCCUCUGCCCAUUAUCUGGGCCGUGUGGCCAAAAGGUGACUUUGAUCUGGAGGUCUGCUUGGCUCAGAAACAUUAAGCAGACAGUUACUUCUGAUAUGUUCUCUCCUUUUGUGUCACAGUCUCCCUCCACAAAACACAUCCAUCUGUGUGUCCCCAGGCUCUGGAUCUUUCCAUCUCUCACCCUUUCAAAAUGCAGCUGCCCUGGUCAGGGACUUAAGGGUGCACCAACAAUUCUGAUGAAGUCACAAAGAGGUGUUAAUGGCUGAAGAUGUCUUAAUACUCAAGGCUCCUGAAGAAACUAUUUAACAGGGGCUUUUGAUGCCUUAACCCAAAGAAGUGACUCUGCCAAUUGAGAACUGAGAAUUUGGUUGGUCUGUCUUCAGAGAACCAUGCACUGUGUCCCUGACUUUUAGGACCAUAUUUCCACCCAAGGCCCUAAAAUCUAAUUGUGCAGACAGGUGUCUCUACCACCCAAGGAGAAGGCAGCUUUGAGCCAUAUUUGGUGACACACAAUUUUGAGUCAAAAUAAGUUAGAUCCUGAGUUCCAGCUGCCUUGCUAGGGAUGUCUGUGAACAUCUGGGGAUUGCUAAUUUAAUCUUCAUAUGGGGGAGCAUCUGCUUCCCAGUUACAUGACAUAUGUGGGCAAAUCACCUGCUUUCAGAAGACCAGGCAGUGUGAUACCCAUUUUCUUGUCAGGCAAGCUGAGCUGCCAAGCCACAAGCAGCUUCAGGAAGUCCAUGAGACGCCCACGGUUCUCCAGAUGUUGGCUCAGCUUGCCCAUUGCUCGUUCUGAGAUUUUUGAGAAGCAGACCAAUGUUACGCUCUCUUUACUUUGUAUUUUUGCUGUACCCGCUUUUUCCUUGCUCUCUUUAAGAUACCAUUAGGCCCUCAGCACACAAAGCCACGGUGGGUGGCUUGUGGGCUCCGGCAAGUGGUACAGGAAACCACACAGCUGGUGCCUGUGGAAGGGCACUGACCUAGUCAGUUCAGAAGAGGUCGGAAGUCCAGGAUCAAGUUGCCAGAUUGGUCUCAAUGGUGUCUUCUCCUGGCUUGCAGACAGCUGUCCUCUUGUUGUUGUGUGAUUAUGUGGUCUUCAUGUCCAUGUGCCCUGAGAAUUUUUUGGGUAUAUCCAAAUUUCCUCUUAAAGAGACAUCAGGGGCUGGAGAUGUAGCUCAGUUGGUUGGGUGCUUGUCUGGCAUGCAUGAAGCCAUAGAUUCAUAUCAAGCUCAGUAUAAACUAGGUGUGGUGAUACACAUCUGUAAUUUCAGCACUCGGGAGGUGGAGGCAGGAAAAUCAGAAAUUCAAGAUCAUCCUCACCUACAUAGCCAGUUUGAGGCCAGCCUGGGCUACAUGAGACCCUGUUUCAAAAAAAUUUUUUUUAAUAUCAGUUAUGGAUUAGGACCCACUCCAAUGAAUUUGGUGACUAAUAUUAAUCACUUCUUUAAGCAUCCGUGUACAAAUAUAUUACAUUCUGAGGUAUGGGGACUGGGAGCUCAGAGUACAAAUUUGGGAGAAGGCACAGGCACGUUGUUUUGUAAUAGAUUGUUCCAUUGGUUUCACAGUAUGGUGGAAAGGAAAGAUAGGAAAAGCAAUUUUUGUCCCCCAGUUCAGCCACUAACUCACCACAGACCCUUGGUCAACCCCUUCUAUUCUGAGGGGAUCAGUGGAAAUUGUUUCCAAGCCCACUCCCCACACCCACACCCAUAAUUCUAAGAUUUGGUCUAUGUCACUCUUGUAUGCCAAUUUCUAUGUCUGUUUAAGAACUAAGGGUGACUGGCUGGCUCCAGCACCCCACUCCACUGGCACCUUGUGAUGAUCAUAUCCUCUUCAGUUGCUGUUUAGAGGAGUGUGUUUGGAGAUGGCUAGGUGGCAUUUCCAAUACGGACAAACAUUUAGAUGUGCUUGACUCCAUUUUUUGUCAAUGUUAUUAGUACCUAAGAAACACUGUUCUCUCUCUAAAACACUUUCUCUGUCGCUGUGGCAGGCUUGUCUUUGUACACAUGGGAAAAAAAUAGAAUCCACUCCCAACUGCAAGCUGACUGUUGGCCAUGAUAUUAUUAGGGCAGCCUGAGGCUGAGCUGCCAAGUCAAGGCGGGCUCACCCUGGGACGUGGACCCUGUACACUUAUCUUAGCAAUGGGUCUGGAUCCCUUUCUACUCCCAUGGGGCAUGGGUGAAUGUAUCAAUACCAUGCCAUCGCCACAGUUCCCUUUCCAUCUACAAACCAGUCUCAGAAAUGAUUUGUAGCCUGUCCACAACCAAAAGAUUUUUAUCAGACAUGUAAGUGUAUAAACUCAACUCCUAUCAUCACUUGCUUGUGCUUCCUCACAUUGACUUUAUCCCUAGGUCAGCAAAAUGGUGACAGAAAUUCCAGGACCAUAUGGAAGAUGCAACAGCACCAGCAGAACGCUGGGAUCAUCCCACCUCCAUUUCUUCCUUAGAGACAAAUACAACAUCCCCAGAAGCAACCCCAGCCCAGCCAGACCUACCUCAUGUCUCACUGUCCAAUCUGGGUCACAUCCUCAUUCCUAAACUACUGUCUGGCCAGAGGAAUAAAGUGGCCAUCUAUCGAUAGCUGAGGAAUUAAUCCCGCAAACUCUGUAGCUUAA